AUGGGGUCGAUGUUCAGGAGCGAGGAAAUGGUCCUGGCGCAACUCUUCAUCCAGCCUGAAGCUGCGUAUCCUCUGAUGUCCGAGCUGGGUGAAUUAGGCGUCGUCCAAUUCAGAGAUUUGAACGAAGAUGUUAACGCUUUCCAAAGGAAAUUUGCAGCGGAGGUUAUCCGCUGCGAUGAUAUGGAGAGGAAGCUGCGUUACAUCGAGGCCGAGAUGCAUAAAGACAAGGUUGAGAUUCCCUAUUUGGCCGAACAACCGAAGGCCCCGAUCCCAAGGGAAAUUAUCGAUUUGGAGGCGCACUUGGAUAAAACCGAGAAAGAGAUCCUCGAGAUGAGCGAGAGCAGCGUCAGGCUAAAAUCGAACUUCAUGGAGUUAACUGAGCUUAAAUACGUCCUCGAGAAGACACAAUCCUUCUUCAAUGAGCGCGAAGAUUCCGCUAUCGAUUCCUCUCACAAGGCGUUGAUUUCCGAAGAUGCAAUUCACCAGGUGACCAGGUGUCAGCUGAGCUUCGUCGCUGGUGUCAUCGGACGCGAAAGAAUCCCAGCUUUCGAGAGAAUGCUUUGGCGUAUCUCCAGAGGUAACGUGUUCCUCCGGCAGGUGGAUAUAGAUCAAACUUUAGAAGAUCCAAUUACCGGUAACGAGAUGCACAAAACCGUGUUUGUUGCUUUCUUCCAAGGUGAGCAGUUGAAAGGUCGCGUGACGAAAGUCUGCUCAGGAUUCAGGGCAACUGUAUAUCCAUGCCCAAACAAUACGAACGAAUGCCAGGAUAUGCUCAAAGAAGUUAUGAUGCGCUUAGAAGACUUAACUCUGAUUCUGAACCAGACUCAGGAUCAUCGCCAGAGAGUCCUGAACGCCGUCGUUAAAGAAAUGAGUAAUUGGAACAUUAUGGUAAGCAAGAUGAAGGCCAUCUACUACACCAUGAACUUCUUCAACAUGGACGUGUCCAGGAAAUGCCUGAUUGGAGAGGGUUGGAUUCCAUUGAAUGACGUUCCUCAAGUACAGGAAACUUUAUCAGAAAUUUCGAGCUCCUGUGGCAGUUCCAUUCCAUCCUUCAUGAACGUGAUUAACACCACUGAAAAUCCGCCGACUUUCAACCGCACGAACAAGUUCACCAGAGGUUUCCAAAACUUGAUCGACGCCUACGGCAUGGCCUCAUACCGCGAAGUGAAUCCAGCUCUGUACACCAUCAUCACCUUUCCGUUCCUCUUCGCCGUUAUGUUCGGAGACGUCGGUCACGCCUUCAUCAUGCUUCUGUUCGGAGCCUACAUGUGCAUAUUCGAGAAGAAACUCGAAGCUAAGAGGAUUAGCAGCGAAGUCUGGCAAAUCUUCUUCGGCGGCAGAUACAUCAUCCUUCUCAUGGGACUUUUUUCCAUUUAUACUGGAUUCAUCUACAACGAUAUCUUCUCUUUGUCCAUGAACAUCUUCGGCACCAAUUGGGUGGAUGCAGUCGAUCGCAUUACAUUGGAAAAGGUCAACAAAGACGAAUACAUGGAAUUGAAUCCGUCCUUAGAUUCGGAAACUGUUCCAUAUCCAUUCGGAGUUGAUCCCAUCUGGCAGAUGAGUAAAAACAAGAUCAUUUUCUUAAACACUUUCAAGAUGAAACUCUCCAUCAUAUUCGGUGUUUUGCACAUGAUUUUCGGCGUCUCCAUGGGCGUUGUCAACUACGUACACUUCAAAAAGAAGUUCAGCAUCUUCUUGGAAUUCUUGCCACAAAUUAUUUUCCUGGUUGCGCUCUUCGGCUGGAUGGUCGUCAUGAUGUUCAUCAAGUUCGUAAGGUACGGAUCCCAAGGCACAGAUUACCGAAUCGGUUCUUCUUGUGCACCUUCCAUCCUCAUCAUGUUCAUCAACAUGAUGUUAUUCAAAGAACCAACGCAACACGACAACUGCGACCUUUACAUCUUUGAAUUCCAACCAACACUUCAAAUGAUUCUAGUCGUCGUUGGUGUACUAUGUAUUCCGGUGAUGCUGUUCGGAAAACCGAUUUACAUCAUUCUCCAAAGGAAGAAGAAGCAAAACAUGCAAAGCAAUGGGGAUGUCAAUAGAGGAAUGGAAAUGCAGCCAGAAUCGAUCGAAGAAAGAGCAGCGAAGAAACAAGAGAGCGAUGGUCAUGGACACGGUGAUGAUGAACCCAUCAGCGAGGUCUUCAUUUACCAGGCGAUCCACACCAUCGAAUACGUUCUUAGUACAGUUUCUCACACCGCUUCUUACCUUCGUCUUUGGGCCCUCUCCUUAGCCCAUUCUCAAUUGUCUGAAGUAUUGUGGACUAUGGUGAUGAGACAAGGUUCAUCGACAUCCUUCACUGGAGCGCCGUUCCUCUUCGUCGUAUUCGCAUUUUGGGCCUUUCUAACAAUAGCAAUCCUCGUCAUGAUGGAAGGUCUUAGUGCGUUCUUGCACACUCUGCGUCUUCAUUGGGUGGAAUUCAUGAGCAAAUUCUUCAUCGGCUUGGGCUACCCCUUCCAACCGUACAGUUUCAAAGAUAUUUUGAACGAAAGCGAAGAUGAUUAA